AUGAACCAUCUUCGCACGGCCGUGCGUCGUGCUCUGCUUACACUCUGUGCUCGCGCGUCGGCAGAGGAAGAGUUCGAAACAGAGCCGCAGCGCUACGGCGGCAGCGGCAGCGGCCGAGCGGUCGUGCGUGGCACGCAGGAGCAGCUGAAGCGGACGCUCGUCUCGCUGGACGGUCGAGGCUACGCAGCAUACAAGGACAUCAUAGGCAGCUAUGAUUGUGGCUUUUUCACGCUUCUGGUGGACCACAUUCAGUCAGACCCGUUCGCUCCGCCGUCCCACUUCCGCGCGCAGGUCCCGCACAAGGUGGCCCAGUUCCCGCCGGAGACCUACUCGACCGCCACCAGGGCCGUAGCUCUGGCGGACUUCUUGACCCGAGUGUUCUAUCGCCACGUACACGAGCACCGGCACGAUGUGCGGACGGCGAGCGGCGGAUGGGGCGGCGCCAAGGGCGGCGAACUGCAGAUCGACAAGCCCAGCCAGCACGUCCUCCCUCGUACCUCGGUCAUCGUCACGCCCGCCCACAUCGAAGGUCGUUCGAUCAUGGGUGAGUGGGCGGCCACCAUUGUCACGGAGAACGUACCACGGAUCGUCCGCGGCACCAUGUGCCACGACAAGCUGGACGCCGCUGCUCUCCGCCAGCACGUUCUCUCCGUCGAAGACCAGGAGGCGCUCAGAAAUCAGCUCAAGGCUGCUUCUCUGUUGGCCUUUGUGCGCAACGGUGCCAUUCUCCCUCGCAAGUCGGGUGCGUGCGAUGAACCGAUGAGCGGCGAGGAGGCAGUCCCGUUCCAAUCCCCUCCGAGCCUGGAGCGCGAAUUUACUCUGCCCAACAGCGGCAAGGUGAAGGGCAUGGCCAUCGCGCGCGGCAUCACGCUCAUCGUCGGCGGUGGCUUCCAUGGCAAGUCCACGUUGUUGGAGGCGUUGCAGGUCGGGGUCUACAACAAGAUACCGGGCGACGGUCGCGAGUUCGUUGUGUGCGACCCCGACGCAGUGACGAUCAGGGCGGAGGACGGGCGGAGCAUCGAGAACGUGAACAUUUCGCCGUUCAUCGGUAAUCUGCCGCGAGGCAAGUCGACAACCACCUUCUCCACGCCGGACGCCAGCGGCUCCACGUCGCAGGCCGCCAACAUCAUGGAAGCGCUCGAGCUCGGGUGCAGUGGUCUGUUGAUCGACGAGGACAAGUCGGCCACCAACUUCAUGAUCCGCGACAAGCGCAUGCAGAUGCUCGUGGCCAAGGAGAACGAACCCAUCACCCCGUUCAUCUAUAAGGUGCGCUCCAUGUAUGCGGACUUGGGGGUGUCUUCGGUGCUGGUCAUCGGCGGGUCUGGCGAUUACUUUGACGUGGCCGACACGGUGAUCAUGAUGCAAUCCUACGUCCCUCACGAUGUGACUGCCGAAGCGAAGGACAUUGCCGCACGGGUGAAGUCGGAGCUGGACAACGAAGGAGGAGAACGCUUUGGUUCGGUCACGGAACGGUAUCCCCUGGGCCGGGCCAUCGACCGCUCGUUCCCUUCGCGCGACCGACAGAAGAUCAAGGUCAACAGCCGCACCACAGUGCUCUUUGGCGAAACCGAGGUCGACUUGUCGGCGGUGGAGCAGAUCGUGGAGCGAAGCCAGACGAACGCGAUAGCCGACGCACUGCUCUUUCUCAAGGACAGCCAGGCCGCGGGGCUGGCCAUGGACGGCCGACACUCGCUGCGUUCCAUCCUGCACUCUCUCGAGCAGCGAUUCGACAGCCCGCAAGGCCUCGACGUGCUGAACGAACACAGGCAUCGGGGCACCUAUGCGCGGCCUCGACGCUUCGAGGUCGCCGCUGCCGUUAAUCGGCUGCGAACGGUGUCCAUGACCCACCUGCCACCCCCACCCGCACACCCGUCCAACCCACGCGGAUGA